AAAAUUUCGGUUGAAAACAUCCUGGUGUCCCUAACUGAAUUGGGACUUCGGGCUGGAGCAGAGAGAAGGAAAGAGGAGAAAAAACGAAUCUGAAGGCGAGAAAAAAAAUGGGUUCCAGAGAGAGGGACAGAGACCUCGAGCUCCUGAUCCCAGUAGCCGCCACCACUGACAAUGUUGCCUCCAAAUCAUCGCCCUCCUCUCCAUCCUCUUCUUCUUCCCAUCAUCACUCCGGCCGUGAGGCAUUUUCCAAAGUCAUCCGCAGCUGGGCCUCAAAGAAGUUUAUGUCUGGAUGUGUCAUUCUACUUCCUAUUGCCAUUACAUUCUAUAUCACUUGGGGUUUCUUUCAUUUUGUGGAUGGUUUCUUCUCCCCAGUUUAUAAUCAACUAGGCAUCAAUGUAUUUGGUCUUGGAUUCAUCACUUCCAUCACUUUCAUCUUCUUAGUUGGUGUUUUCAUGUCUUCCUGGUUGGGAGCUUCUCUUCUCGGCCUUGGGGAAUGGUUCAUCAAGAAAAUGCCACUUGUAAGCUAUAUAUAUUCUGCCUCAAAGCAAAUUAGUGCAGCAAUAUCACCAGAUCAGAGUUCUAAUGCAUUCAAGGAAGUGGCCAUCAUAAGACAUCCACGAAUCGGGGAAUAUGCAUUUGGAUUUAUCACUAACACAGUUCUUCUUCAGAGGAACACAGGUGAAGAGGAACUGUGCUGCAUUUACGUGCCUUCCAACCACCUCUAUAUUGGAGAUGUUUUUCUUAUCAGUUCAACGGAUAUUCUGAGGCCUAAUUUGUCUGUUCGAGAAGGGAUUGAAAUUGUCAUUUCUGGAGGCAUGUCGGUGCCUCAAAUUUUAACCACAAUAGAUGCACAAGCCAUUCCAGCAUCAAGAAUCGGCAAUUUGGUAGCAGCAAAAGUCUAAUGCUUGAUCAUUAAGCUUGGAACAGACCUCAGUUUAACCAGUUCGGCCAUGAAGUGAUGGAUGUGAUCAAGGAAUUUUGUUUGUUCUUUCUUUAAUCAUUUCAUCCACAUGCUCAAUGUGUAACAGGUUUACUAAGAUUCUUUGUGAACUCUUUUUUUAACAUGUUGUCAUAGGCUCAUAGCAACAUUUUAUGUUUUUGUUGUUUAAAUUUUGGCAAAUGAAACACUCCUUCUCAACUUUCCUGUAAAUCAGCAUCAAAUCUUGGUUCCUGUACUUCAAAACAAGGUUCAAUCAUAUUUCUUAUAUUGAAACUUUAUGUAUAUUGCAUCAAUAUAUAUGAGAAGCAAUUUUCUGGAAAAA